AUGGCCACAGCAGCUGUCGUGGGUGUUACCACCGGGGUGAUGAAGCCCCUCCUGUCCAAGCUCACCAAGCUGCUGGAAGAAGAGUACGUCAAGCUCAAAGGUGUCCGCAAGCAGAUCAAGUUUUUGAGAGACGAGUUGAGCGCCAUGAGUCCCACGCUUGAGAUGCUUGCUGAUACAGAGGAGCUCAACCCUCAGAUGACGGCAUGGAGGGACAAGUUACGUGAGCUGGCAUAUGACUUGGAAGAUUGCAUUGAUGCCUUCAUAUCUCGUGUUGACCACGAGCGUGAUGUACAUUCGGGAUUCAUCAAGGGAUUCUUCUGCAAGCUGAAGAAACUGAAGCAACGCCAUGAUAUUGCCAAUCAGAUCCAAGAACUCAAGGCAUCUGUUAUAGAGACAAGCGAGAGGCACAAGAGGUAUGAUUUGGCCCAACUGAAAAACAAAUCUAGCGGUUCUUCUGUUGAUCCUAGGCUGCAGGCUCUCUACGAGGAUAUUGAUAAACUUGUGGGCAUCGAUGCCCCUAAGAAGCAAAUCAUUGAGUUGUUAAGCAUGGAGAUGAAUGGGUCAUCUGCAAAACUUAAAGUUGUCUCAAUUGCUGGUUGUGGAGGUCUUGGUAAGACUACUCUUGCAAAGCUAGUCUAUGAGGACAUUAAAAACCAGUUCAAAUGUGCAGCAUUUGUGUCGGUUUCUCGAACUCCUGAUGUCAGGAAGAUUCUAAUACACAUUGCUAACGGAAUCAAGUGCACUGAUAUCAUCACAAAGGAUGAUGAUGAGCAGCAGCUCGUUGAUAAACUCAGGGAACACCUCCACGAUAAAAGGUACAUUGUUGUGAUUGAUGAUGUAUGGAACGAACAAGAUUGGGGAUUUAUCAAACUUGCAUUACCGGAUAAUGAUCUUGGGAGCAGAAUAAUCACGACGACACGUAGUGUUACAGUUGCAAAAUGUUGUUCUUCUCAAGUUUAUGAAAUGGAGGCUCUUAGUUUUGAUGACUCCAAAAGGUUGUUCUUCAGAAGAGCAUUUGGUUCUGAGAAUUCAUGUUAUCCUCACUUGGAAGAUGUUCCAGACAAAAUAUUAAGAAAAUGUGGUGGUCUACCAUUGGCAAUUGUUACUGUAUCUGGCAUAUUAACCAAUGUGUUUGCAAAAACAGAAUGGGACAGGGUACUUAAUGCUAUUGGUUCUUCACUUGCAAAGAAAGAUGAUACUAAGACGAUGACCAGUAUCUUAUCUAUGAGUUACUUUGAUAUUCCUCACCAUCUAAGAACUUGUUUGUUGUACUUGAGUGUGUACCCAGAAGAUCACAAGAUUGAGAAACAAUGUUUGAUCAAUAGGUGGAUUGCAGAAGGGUUCAUUCAUAAGGAAAAAGGUCAAAAUGAAUAUGAAACUGGUGAGCGUUACUUCAAUGAUCUGAUCAACAGAAGCAUGAUCCAACCUGUUAGAGUAAAGUAUGGUCAGGCGAAGGCAUGUCGAGUGCAUGACAUCAUCCUUGACUACAUCAAAUGCAAGGCUGCUGAGGAGAAUUUUGUAACUUCACUAGAUGCUGCAGAGCCUGUAUGCACUUCAGAGUACAAGGUUCGUAGGCUUUGUGUCAUCAACUACAAUGAAGAAAAUGUUACUUUAUGGGCAGACGAGAUCUUGUCUCAGGUUCGUUCAGUUACUGUAUUUGGACAGCCUGUGAAAUUCACUUUGUUGCCUUCCACUGCUCUUCGUGUGUUGGAACUAGGAGAUUGCAGAGGCAUGGAAGACCAUCAUAUUGCGAGUAUUGGGAAGUUGUUUAAUCUUAAGUACUUGCGUCUCUGCUCACAUUUCAUAACUAGGCUCCCAGAGAAUGUUGGUGAACUACAACAUCUACAAACACUGGAUGUGCGAGGUACCAUAAUCGAAGAACUACCACGAACUAUCAAAAAACUUCAACAACUGGCACAUUUAUAUGUUGAUUCAGAUGUCAGAUUUCCAGAUGGAAUUAUUGGUCAGAUACUUAGCUUGGAAGAGUUGAGGCAGUAUGGAGUUGUAUCCUAUGAGCAAGGGCAGUCACUACAACAAUUCAGCAAACUCACCAAGCUGAGGACACUAAAAAUUAAAUGA